AUGUGGGUGCCCAAUAACGCUCAUGUCGUUGUUUCGACCUUACUCGGUAUCUCUCUUUGUACCCAUACACUUGCGUCGAGUCAGUCUGAUGGACUAUCGCCCUAUGGCAACGGCCAUGCACCUGAUGUCAUUGACGUGACCGCAGUAAACCACCAAACUCACGACUACGUUGACUUGGACCAGAAUGAUUUCGACAAUCGUACCGUGACCGAUCAGACCUUGGGGUUGGAUCGUCGAGCGGCGAAAGACUUUUACUUGAGAGUGAUGCCGCUCGGUGCCUCCAUCACCCAGGGGUACAAGUCUAGUGAUGGCAACGGCUAUCGCAAAUGGCUCCGAGCUCAACUUCGGUACAAGGGCUGGAAGGUCAACAUGGUAGGAUCCCAAAAGGAUGGCACCAUGGCUGAUUCGGACAAUGAAGGCCAUCCUGGCUGGACCAUUGGUUCGGUACACGGAGCUUGGAAGGAAAGCAAGUGGAUGAAGCCUAAUCUGGUUCUCAUCAAUGCAGGACUAAAUGACUGUAACAACGGAGGCGAUCCCAGCAAAGCAGGCGAGCGAACAAAAGCUCUAGUAGACGACAUCUUCGACAAUGUGCCCGGCGUGACAGUCAUUCUAUCCACACUUCUCAGAAACGGAGAUGCAAACCGGGAUGCGUGCAGCAAAGACAUUAGCAGACAAAUCAGAAGUGUGGCAAAGGGUUACAAGAAAGGAACCCGUAUUGGACUUGCUGAUGUUCGUGAUGUCAUGAAGAUGAGCGACAUUGGGCCAGACAAGGACCAUCCCACUGAUGAUGGCUACAAGUUCUUCGCUGGAGUCUGGUGGGAUGCUAUCAGUCAGAUGGAGGACCGCAUCCAGCCACCAGCAGCCGUCAGCGGUAUUGACGAUUCAGCCACUGGCCAGUCUAAGCAAUGCAAAAAGGUUGCUGGAAAUGCGGGCCUGCCCGGCCAAAUUCAGCUGGGGAGUGGUCACGAUGAUGGGAACUAUGUCCAUGCGAGCACUUCACGCGGUACCAUCGAUAGCGCCGUUAUCGACAAGGGCAGUGACCCGAAGUCUAUCACUAACGAUAUCCCUUGGCACAUCUUCUUUGCAAACAUCGUCAAAGGUGACCCCAAUGCCCCUCGGGCGGAUUCACUCGAUGACUGGAUCCGUGUCUACCACAACACCAAAGACAAGAACGCAUAUUGGUUCCGGCAAAACCUGGGAGGUGGCGAGUUUGACAAGUCGGUUCAAUUCGACGUUGAUAUGAACUGUGAUCUUGGCCCUCGUUACGCAUUCGCUGAUCUUAAUAAUGAUGGCCUUGACGACUUCUUUUGCAUCAAAGAGAAUGCUGUAUGGGCUUCUCUCAACCGUGGUGGAAACCCCCCGAAAUUCGAGAGUAUUGGUCAAAUCAUUGGCGAUUUCGACGGUUUGAAAGCAACUGAUGUUCGCAUUGCUGACAUUGACGGCGAUGGAAGAGCAGACUUUUGCCUCGUCAAGUCAGCAAGCAAUAUAGCAUGCUCUCGCAAUGGUGGUUGGGGUGAUAAACCCCAGUGGCAAGGGUUCACCACAGUCAAUGGCAUUCGUGGUACUGUCUUUGAUACCGCACUACCAGACAAGGACGGUAUAAUACUGGCUGAUCUGAACGGAGAUUUCCGAAGCGACGUCAUGUACAUAGGUGAGAACGGCAACGUCCGGACAUGGAUCAACAAUCGAGGUACCGGCAAGGGUCUAGUGCCCAACUGGAGAUCUGCAGGCCAGACGCACGCCGGCCAAAGCUCCAGCGGUAACCAGGACAAGAUCAAGUUCGGGCGUAUCUACGGCUCCAACCGCCUCGACUACAUCCUCCUCAAAGAACAGAAAGACACAUAUGAUGUGCUUGUCUGGGAGAACAAGGGCCAGGGCGGAACCAAGCUCAAGGCUGAUGGAACCUAUUACUGCGAUAUGCGUAACUCUGGCAGCGACGAUCUUGUCUGGAUCUACCAAGAUGGUCGUGUCGAUGAGAUCAACGUCAAUACCCACUCCCCGCCUUCUUGGGGUCAUGCUAUCGAUUUCAACUUUAUCGUUCCUGGACCCAGAAACGGUAUCCAUUUAGCUGACUGGACUGGCGAUGGCAAAUGCGAUAUAAUCGUACAGGACAAGGGCAGUGGAGCCCUCACCAUCUACGAAAAUACUUAUGUGACGGCGUCUGGCCAUAUGACGUUUGCUAGCAACACCAUCCAUGCAGCACCUGGUUGUGAUCAAGGCUGGGGCGUUGGUAUUUUCGAUCUGGGAAUGAGGAUACAUGACAUUGACGGCGAUGGACGAGCGGAUGUAUUGUGCCUUGAGAAGAACGGUCGAAUCACUGCUUGGCUCAACAAGGCUUCUGGUCUAGAAUCUGUCGGUCAGGUCAAGUUCUCUGAGGGAUGGGAUCGAGCUAGCAUUCGCUUCGCUGAUGUUGAAGCGUCCGGGCGAGCUGACCUUUUACAUGUUGACAAGUACACUGGUGCUGUGGAUGUCUUUACCAACAAUGGGCACAAAGCCCAAGGAGGAAGUUCAUUUUCCUGGACCAAGCGUGGCAUGCUUUACAACCCUAUUGAUCGAGGUGAUAACAUGCACUUCACCAACCUGGGUGGCCUUGGUCGAGCUGAUAUGGUCAAGGUUGAUCCUUCCACAAACAAGGCGUGGGCGUAUUGGAAUAGAUGCACAGCUACAGGCGGAGACGAUGGCUCUGCAGACAAGGACCCCGGUUUGCCCAAGACAGGCGGCGGUUCUGUAGGUGACGACAUCACCGACGUUGAUCUUCCCGAAAAGGGCGUCGACAGCGACAAGAUCUGCAAGUGGUCUUUCGAUUCUGAAGACGAGGAUAAGAACUAUGAGUCGUGGACCAAGAGUGGUGCUGCCAAGUGGUUCAAGGACUGGCUCUACAAGAACGGCGCCGACAAGUGGACCGAUAAGUUCUUUAAAGCUGUCAUCGGCGGCGGUAGCCAGGGCGGUUCUACUAUGAACUGCAAGAACCUCGGAUCGACAACCUGCCAGGGACCAGGCACUACUCCCUGCUCUUCCUAUACUCCCCCCGAGACUUUCUACGUCCAUCAGCAGAUCGGUGUUAUGUUCAGUGCAUUCCAUCAGAUUUGGACAGAUGCUAUCAACUUCAGUAUCAAGCAACUGGCAGGGGGUAUCAAGGAAAUUGUCGACGAAUACGGUGAGCCGUCUAAAGACGAUAGAUCUUUGAUGCUCAACAUGCUAGUCGGCAUUCUUACCUCGGCCGCUGGUAUAGGGGCCAAGUCAACAGGUGCCGCAGGGACCCUGACCUUUUUCUCAGGUGUCUUUGCCUCGGCAUCAGCCAACAGUGGCGACUUUCCUACUGGUGUGUCCAAGGACGACCUCGCUGAUGACUUGGUGAACGCCUACGGCAAGGUCUUUAAUGAGGUCCUGAACGCUACCACUGGCUACGUCGAGGCUGUGCUAUCGGGUUCCAAGCCUGAUAACAUCAAGGGCAGUGCUGAGGAUUGGGUUCAUGAUGUCUUUUCUCAUGGCCAGUGGUUGUCGGAACCCUAUGUUACAAAGGGAAUGAAGACAUAUAUCGAAGGCACUCACAAGAAAUGGAUGGAAUUUGCAAAGACGAGAGCUCUUAUGAAUGGCAAGGAUAAAAUUGACGGAGCCUAUGUCGUUAUGGCAAGCAAUCCUGGAGAUGAGUGUGACAAGCAAAGAACUCAAGCCUCUGAUCCGGUCGGCGGCAAAGUGAAGGUCGAUGAAGAUGUCUGCACUAACAAGCUACCCGGAUGCUACUGGUACGACAAGCGUUGCGUGUGCUUUGGAGUAAGCGACCAUAGGUAUCAGGGAGGGAAUAAACAACGAUUCGGUGUUUUAAGCCCCACACAAGUCAAAGAGAUGGAGAAGGUUGUCGACGACUACAAGGCUGCGCUCAUCAACAACUAUGACUGUAAUGGCGGGGAGCCUACGGUGCCUACACAGAAGGACUUUGACUAUGACAACCCCAUCGCGUACCCCAAGUGUUUCAUUGCUUUCCCUAGAAAGAAGGACAGUGACACUUUCUACUGCACAAUCACCAAGGAGAAUUGGUAG